AUGGUGGACUCAGCUCUAAACCAUCUAAAUCAGAAUCCCUGGACACAAGACACAACUGAUCUGAUCCGAAAUCUUUUCACGAAAGACGGAAAGGAUCCGAGGAAGACAGAUAUGUCGAAAGUGAAAGCGGUACUGCAUCAGAUUGGUAGGAUGUAUCGGACCGAAGUUACGCAGGAAAAUGUAGGGGACCUUGACGUGAUAAUUUUUUGUGACGAUUCAAGGUUCGAAUUAAUAGACGAGGGUAAAAAGCUCUACAAAGAUAAAACAAUUAACCAGCUCCUGUACUACAACGAACAGCAAUGUAAAGGCAGACGUCGAGAUAUGGAUGACAAAGUCGCCCUGGCGGUGACUGUCAACCCGGUGCUAACGGCCGAAGUAUUUGAACAGACAGAAUCACAGUGGGUGUACACUGAAACCGAGAAACCUACACAAAUCCAGAUCUGUCCCUGGUUCGUGGAUUGGAUUAAGAAUCAUGAUUACAAGCUCCAUAAUGAUGUCGCUAGAUCGAAUAUUGGGCGCACUGUAGUCAAGGUCACUGAAUCAACGAAUCACAUCCUUAGGCAGAUAGAUGCAUUCAAUCUUCUCGACAAAGUCCUCUUGCACGAAAUGACGCACGGAAGAUCAGCUUGGCAAACUUCGGUUGGUGGGCAAAAUAUAGUUGGUCUUGCUGAUGUAAGUUCCCAAACUCGGGUUUCCUGUAUAUCGUGA